UAGUCGAAAGUUGACUUUGGAAUCCCUAGUCUCGAUAAGGCCGCAUAUUGCAAAUUAAAAUCUAAAAGUCUAAUACCGUAUAUUAUCUACUUAUUUACUUUGGCAGGAGAUUUGCAACCAGAGACUUAAUAAUCUAGUAAGAGGCUUUUCAACAACAAGCAAAAAAGAUUCUGGCAAGAUGGAAAAAAGAUAUUUGGAGAAUCCUUAUCCAGACUAUGUAAAUAAGCAAAGCACACCCUUGGAGUUGGACGAGGAACAUGUAAAGAAUCUUAUAUGUACUUACGUGGAUGCCAUACUGGAACAUUGUCGUCCCGGUUGCGAUGAUGAAGAUCAUCGUGGUGAUUUGUAUGUGGGCAAUGCCGGCAUAGCCUACAUGUUUUGGAAAAUGUCUAGAUCUCCACAGACCCACGAUCUCUACCCAGCAUCUCUGGAGCAUGCCCAUGCCUUUAUUCGUAACGCCAAAGCAAAUGCUGAUAGAUAUAAGAAACGCCUAGAUGAACGCUACUCAUUUUUGUGUGGUAAUGCGGGAAUUUAUGCGGUUGCUGCUGUUAUUUCACAAGAUUUAAAGCUGGUGCAAGAUUUGUCCGAUGAUUUGACGAACUUUAAGGCCGGCAUUGGUCCCAGCAAGGAACAUUUACAUACAAAAUAUGGCUGUGAUGAAGUGCUGGUGGGAAGGGCUGGCUAUUUGUCGGGUUGCUAUUUUCUCAAUGAUGUCUUGCCGGAGAAGAAAAUAACCGAUGAUGACAUUUUGUCCAUCUGCCAAAUGAUUAUUGCCAGUGGUCGUGAGUAUUCAAAACUGACCAACGCCCCUUUGCCGCUAAUGUUCCAAUAUCAUGGGACAGAGUAUUUGGGCGCUGCCCAUGGCCUCUGCUCUAUUCUACACAUGUUGUUGGACAGUCCCUGGUUUAGCAGUGACCCCAUCUCAGCGCCUUCUGCCGAAUUGAGAGACAUCAAAAAGUCUAUUGAUUUUUAUUUGAUGCUGCAAGAUGAGGAAGGCAAUUUUCCGGUGGCAUUGGAAGACCUCAGAAGUGGCAGAGAAAAACGCUUGGUGCAUUGGUGUCAUGGGGCACCGGGAGCCGUUUACCUAUUUGCCAAAGCCUACCUAAUAUUCAAAGAGGAUAAAUAUCUACAAUCACUGAAAAAGGCAGCCGAUCUGGUGUGGAAAAAGGGCUUUCUACGCAAGGGACCAGGCAUCUGCCAUGGCGUGGCUGGCAAUGGCUAUGUAUUUUUGUUGCUCUACCGCCUAACCAACGAUCCCAAGUAUAUGUAUCGAGCCAUCAAGUUUAUGGAGUUGCUAAGCAAUUCUGAAUUCAAAUUAAGAGCUCGAGUGCCAGAUCGUCCCCAUAGUCUGUAUGAAGGCGUGGCAGGAACUGUAUGUUAUCUAAUCGAUUUGCUGGAACCGGAUCAAGCGCAUUUUCCUUUCAUGGAUGUGUUUCACUGAACCUGAAGAUUAUGAGUUGUGGCAGCGCCGUCUAUGCAGCCUUGCUGACGUGGCAUUGAAAUAAUCAACAAAAUUCAGGCAGACACAAAACGAUUGGCUAUUUUGUCUCGUAAUAUAACCUCUCAUAACGCAUAUCAGGGAAACUACUAUCGAUUUUUUUGUAUGGAAGAUUUCUCGAUUGGGCUCAAAAAGGAUUACAUUUACAAAAUUACUUACAUAAUGUAUUUUCUUUGACUUGUUUCCUUUUUUAGGCAAGUGCUAAAUUAGUAGAGCAUAUUUUUGACUACUCCUUAUUAUCCCCAUAUCCCCUCAAUUGGCAGUGCAUGUGUCUUAUAAGACUUGUAUAAUUCUUUCUUAUGUAUGUUUCAAUUAAACAACCAAAUUAGCAAUUAUAUAGCCACUAUACAUAGAUAUAUAGUAUUUAUUUCAUAUUUUGUAUUACUUGGAAGAAAUCCAAAAAAAAACACACAAAUCAAACAACUUAUCUUCAGUAGGAAGACGCGUAAAAACAUAUAACAAAUCCAAAAAAAAAAAAUUAAAGAAUUAUUUUGUGCUUUAACAUAUUUA